AUGUGCGCAGGGGGAAACUGGAAGCGAGAGGUCGUUCCCGACCACAAGUUCGACUUCGUCGAUACGCGAGACUUCGCGGACCACUCAUGUGGAAUGCGCAUGAAGUAUCUGUGGCUGUACAUCACGGUCUUCAUUUCAUUCCUGGUCUACAUAUCCGAUAUCUUCACCGCCGUGACCAUGUUGACAUCCACCACAUGGUCAAACGAUAUCUACAACAGUUGUCAACAGAGCGAUAACAACGGUUGUGUCUACAUCCCUUUCAACGUUGGCAAAUGGCUCUUCUUCGGCUGUAUCGUGUUCUCGUUCUUGCUGCUCGCAUACGAGGCGCGCAAGGCGAAGAAGAUCAUUGCUAGUCGUGACAUCUCAUAUGCCUUCACCAAUAUCAUGGCUAACCACUACUACUCUCUCCGGUCAUAUGACCACUUCUGCUUCUUCUCACACAUCUCCAGUUCCACGAAGAGGUCGGAUGACUUCGCCUUCUUCGUGUUCUUCACCUUCAAGGGCUGGAAACGAGUUAUUUUCGCCGAGGGUCCGCGUCAGUCAAUCAACGCGCUCACUCUGUAUGCCCUCUUCCUCUCGAAGCAGAAACAACACGAUGCGUGGUACGACAUAUCAGCGUACUUCAGCGGAAGUAACUACGUCACCAUUGCCCUUACCAUCUCCACGGCAUUCACCACGUUCAUCUUCGCACUGUCCUUGCUGAUGCUCAUCAUCGCCGGCAUUUGCUACAUCCCUCUCCUGACGUACAUUCAGGGUAACCUCAAGGAAUACUGUUGCCACAAGGUCGACAAGCGUAUUGCCGAGAUCAUCAAGCGGAGGAACAAGCAGCGCCUUGCCAAAGCGGCUGCUCUAGCCAAGAAAGAAGCCGCCGGUGACUACUCUCACCUCAAGAACAAGAAGGGAGAGCUCGUCGCCAAGCCUCUUCCUCAACCGACUCUUCCCAACGUCUCGCUCGACGAUGACGAUGACAAGGCUUCCAUGCGCUCCCGCGGACCGCCUGCUAGCACGAUCAGCGCCAACCCGUACUACUACGAGACGAAGGAAUACAGCCCGACGGAGUACCCGCCCAUGCCUGCGUUCAAUCCGGCAUACGGACAACACCAGUACAACCCGUCGGUCGGCACAUUCGACGCGCCGUCUCCUUACGAGGACGAGUACGGAAGUACCGCACACCUGACUAGCAGCGCGGCACCCUUCGCUCGUACAGAGCCCGGCCGCGGAGGAGCGGAGACGCCGUACAGCUACUACGGAGAGGCCUACGGCGACAGCCCAGCCGAGUCGGACUACGCCCAGCAGCCCCAUGCACAUGAGGGCACGGCAUACAGCGGCGCGGAUGACUAUACCCACCAGCCAGAGGGGGCAGGGUACUUCAAUGACCCGCAGGCGUACCACGGCACACACCCUGACGCGCAAGCGCACGGCUACCAGGACACCCAGGGCCACCAUGAAGCCCAGGCGUACCAUGAAGCCCAGGCGUACCAUGAAGCCCAGGCGUACCACGAAGCACAGGCAUAUCAUGAUGCCCAGGGGUACCAAGGUGCACAAGGGUAUCAGGGCGCGCAAGGGUACCACGAUCAGCAAGGGUACCACGACGCGCAGGCGUAUCAUGGAGCACACCAUGCGGGAGGGCAUGACUACGAUGCGGGGCAGGGCCAUGCUAUGUAG